AGAAGUGAGAACUGGGCUGCGGCGGCUCACAUGGAAAUAGGAGUUUCCUCCCUUUUAAACGAUCGUGAGGAUAUAUUGCAGACAGAGCAGUUCUACCAAUCGAACUUGUGAGAAAGAGCAAAGGAGAAAAAGAGAUACAGUAAUGUCGAGGACUGCGGGUCAAAUCAUCAAAUGCAAGGCGGCGGUGGCAUGGGAGGCGGGGAAGCCGCUGGUGAUCGAGGAGGUGGAGGUGGCGCCGCCGCAGGCGAUGGAAGUCCGUCUUAAGAUCCUCUACACAUCAUUAUGCCACACUGAUGUCUACUUCUGGGAAGCUAAGGGACAAACACCAGUUUUUCCCAGGAUUUUCGGCCACGAAGCAGGAGGGAUUGUCGAGAGUGUUGGUGAGGGUGUGACAGAUCUUUCACCUGGUGACCAUGUACUCCCAGUUUUCACAGGAGAAUGCAAAGAUUGCGCACACUGCAAGUCUGAGGAGAGCAACAUGUGCUCUCUUUUGAGAAUCAACACUGACAGAGGUGUGAUGAUCAAUGAUGGGAAAUCCAGGUUCUCAAUCAAUGGCAAACCAAUCUUCCAUUUUGUUGGAACCUCCACGUUCAGCGAGUAUACCGUUGUUCAUGUCGGUUGUGUUGCAAAGAUUAACCCCGAGGCUCCUCUCGACAAAGUUUGUGUUCUUAGCUGUGGCAUAUCUACUGGUCUUGGUGCUACUCUUAAUGUUGCAAAACCUCCUAAGGGUUCAACAGUGGCUGUGUUUGGUUUAGGAGCUGUAGGCCUUGCUGCUGCUGAAGGGGCCAGGAUUGCAGGGGCUUCAAGAAUUAUUGGUAUUGAUGUGAAUCCCAAGAGGUUCAAUGAAGCAAAGAAAUUUGGGGUCACUGAAUUUGUGAACCCGAAAGAUUACGAUAAACCUGUUCAAGAGGUGCUUUCUGAGAUAACCGAUGGAGGAGUGGAUCGGAGUAUCGAAUGCACUGGAAAUGUCGAUGCCAUGAUCUCUGCAUUUGAAUGUGUUCACGAUGGCUGGGGAGUUGCAGUCCUUGUUGGUGUUCCUCACAAAGAUGCUGCUUUCAAGACCCACCCCAUGAAUUUCCUCAGUGAGAGAACUCUCAAGGGAACUUUCUUCGGAAACUACAAGCCUCGCUCUGAUCUACCUUCAGUUGUCGAGAAGUAUAUGAACAAGGAGUUGGAGCUGGAGAAGUUCAUAACACAUGAAGUCUCAUUCACUGAGAUCAACAAGGCUUUCGACUAUAUGCUUCAAGGUGACAGUCUUCGCUGCAUUAUCCGCAUGGAUGCUUGAAGACUUUUGAUGGUCCUAUACUUAUUUUUGGUCACCUGAAUAAUAAAUACUUAGUACUAUGAAGUUAUUGGGUUAUUAACCUUAUUUAUCUUUUUGCCCUUCUAUGCCAAGCGUUUUGUAUUGUUCUUCAUCAGCUUUACAUCUUUACGCAGUUGUGGUGAGUAGUAUUAUCCUUUGUAGUGGUUGUGGAAGAAAUAAAUUACAUUUGCCUUUUAUUGCAUGAAUUGAUAAUUUGAUGACUUCAAAA